GGCUCUCAAGGCAUCUCACAUUCAACAAACACAACAUGAUCCUCAUAUUUAUUUCGUUGUUGCAGCUUAUGAUGUGUUGCUCUGUCGUUUCGUUCGAAAUUUCAAAGGAAUAUUACGUAUAUCCCCGCAUAUUGCAAGAACGCUCUGAAGCAAGAAAUUUGGUUCUAAAACUUAGCGAUAAGAUAACUCUGAACCUUGAAAGAAGCACAGUCUUGGCCGACAACAUCCACUUCGUUACAAGCACUAAGGACUUCCACGAAGUAGAAAUGGUAGAUACGUCUGAUAUUCAGGAGAGUAUAUACCACGACACGCACUACCAGUCCUCAGUGGCAGUUCGACAGAAAGACGGCAACGUGGAAGUCGAGGGAAUUAUCAACGACCAUUUUCGAAUUAGGCCUCUUCCAGAAAGGGAACGUUCCGGCAAAGGUCAGAUGAUGCAUAAAAUUUUUGAAGUGGAACCAUUGAAAGGAGAGUUCAGCAGAGCGGGUGAAAUUGUGCGGGUCAACGAUGUGAGCAAACACACGAACAGCGAUGGCAUGCAGCACUUGAACAAUCUGCAAUCACGGGCUUCGAACGUUGAGCAGUUUCAAGUGGAGCUUCACCUCAUUUCCGACAAAGCACACCAAAAAUACUACAAUAAAAAUCAGGAGCUGAUCACAUACUUGGCCGUCAUGACGAAUGCCGCGAACUUGAGGUACCUGGAGAUGGGCAACCCAAAAGUGAAGUUCCUUCUUGUUGGGGUCACAAGAGCUAAAGACCACGACUUUGCUAGAAAUAAUGGUCGUGAAAUUGAUGCGGGAGAGAUGUUAGGUGGACUAGAACACUACAAAAAGGAAGGAAGAAUACCGGGCAAAUUUGAUGUAGUGUACCUCGUGACAGGGCUUGACAUGACGAAAAUCGCCAAUGGAAGAAAGUCAAACGGCAUUUUAGGAAGGGCAUAUAUGAGCACAGUUUGCUCGCAUAUGGCAAUGGGUGAGGGCGAAGAUACAGCUUUGUCAUACAACGGAGUGGAUACCCUUGCACACGAGCUUGCCCACACGUUAGGGUCGCCCCAUGACGAAAUGCCUGAGUGCCCGUGGGCUGAUGGAUAUCUGAUGAGUUAUGUGGAUGGAGGAUUAAGAAAGUUUCGGCUAUCACCAUGCAGCCAGAAAAGCAUUAGACAGUAUGUGAGGAAACAAUCCGAAGAAUGCAUUAGAGUUCUCAAUGGGCAUAACUUCAUGAAAGAUGAAAACAGGUUUCCGGGGCAGACAAUUCGUGCGCAGUUCUUCUGCAAAAAACAACUAAAGCAAGAUGGGCAAAGACAUCAAAGACAAAAACUCAUUGUGAAACAGGACGGUAAUUGCAAAAUUGAUUGUUGCCAUCGCUUCGCGGGCUAUAUGACGUGUACAAAAUAUGCAAUGCUGGACGGUAUGAAGUGCCAGCCUGGCAAGACUUGUAGGAGAGGCGUUUGUGGAAGGCACUGAUUUCUGAGCUUAGAAAGAAGAUGCAUGUAUCUCUUCGAGAGAUAGUAGUUUCUGAGAAAUAAAAUAAAAAUAUUAUACAA